AUGUCUGAACCCUCAAAAAUAAAAUACAUAUUGGACGAAAAAAGUCCGAAUGUCUUCGUUCUUGAUAUUCAAACAAAAUUGUUUAUGGAUAUCAAAAUUUCCUCCCCCGAGGAAAUCAUGCGUCGUUGUACCAAUCGGGAGUACAAAGACUUAAAAAAUUCGUACAUGGUUUUUAUGAUCGAUUGUCGCGAAGCAUUCAACGCUUCUGCAAAAACAAACAAAAAACUUCGUCAAAUUGCUGAUUUUAAGAAUCCCCCAUCACUUUGGCGGAAUUCUCCAAAGAAAGUUAAGGCAGCAUACGAAAAGGUAUUUAUGGGUUAUAAAAAAUUAGUGCCGAAAGUUCAUUCUUUUGUUCAAUAUUUACCUCAAGGUACAAAUGAGGACAAUGAGGAUGACAACGAACCAAUCGAAAAUACGGAACAAGUUAUUGUCCCGCCUAUUAAUGAUCCAACUUUGUCGCCCGAAGGAAUGGAGUCAAUCAUGAUUACAGGCCAUGGAUCGUCUUAUACAACAGACACACUCACUGAUGAUUUGGCUACAACAAGUACAAGUGUACAACAAAUCAAUAAUAUAAAUUUGAACGAAUCUUAUUAUGUUCUUUCGGAUUGGGAACAUUAUCUUUAUUCUCUUUAUUAUUGA